AUGGCCGACGCAGCGGAGAAUAAGCCCCUACGGUCGGACAACAGUUUGUUGAGUGAAGCAGAAAACAUGUUUGAAGAUAUGGGUGGGGAUAUGUUCGGCGACAAUGACAUCACUGAAGCAGACUUCAAUUUCUUUGAUGAGCAACCCGAUGAGUUGGGCAUGGAUAUGUCCUUGGAUAAUAUCAAGCGGGCUGACGCGCCAACUGCUAUCCCCAUCAAGGCCGAAGAGCCAGCUCUAUCGGCAUCUGCCACCGUACCAAUAAUAUCGGAACCGGUUGUUUUUGCUAAGCCCGAGCUCAAGCAUGCGAGGAGCUCGCAAACAGAAGACGGGCCACAGAGGGGACGAGAUCUCCAGGCGAAAUCGGUCAAGCGAGGCUCAAGCCCAUUUGACCCUGACAGUGUUUUCAAAAGGCUUCGAGCUGCCAUAUCACAACAGAGCCAGCGAGCAGUAAAUGGCGGAGGCCUAAGCAAAGGGUAUAAGGCGUUUGGUAGAGUCGACUUUGACUCUAAGAUGCCGAUGCUCAACAAAAAGUACGAGCAUGGUGGAUUCUUUGACUUUGUGCCACACGAAAAAGUGACCGACAAGCUUGAGCCUGGCACAAUUCCAAAAACUGAUUAUUUUCGUCGUCACAGCAAGGCCAAAGCCAAAGCGUUUGCGGGGUCGCGACGAUCAUCGUUGGCCAAAUCAGGCAACGAUCUUGGUUCGGACCAUAAGCUCCUAAACUUCGAUGGCGAUAUUUCUGACGGAGAUGACUCGAGCACUUCUUCGGACAAUGCAUCGAACGUGUCUGUCAAAGAGCCGCUGUCGCCUGUUAAGUCGAUUGUGAAACAGUCUUUGCUAGGCGACGAUGAUGCGGCCUCCUAUGUCACUACGAGUAGAGAUGCAGAGCUAGCCGAGGAACCAGAUGAGCAACUGGCAUUGGAACUGCCUCGGCUAUCCCUGUUGGAGGGUUCGGACACGUCGCUUUUCAAAUAUUUCACCGAUCCUGAGCCUCUAUCGUUGGAUAUCUCCCUCGGUGAUGAGGAUAUGAUACAGGUGGCGCAACUUGUGGCAGAACAGGCAGCCACAGGAUCACUGUUGCUAUUCAACGGCCACUCUGAUCCUGGUCUUGUUUCUGCCAUAGAGGAAGAUUCGAGAAUCGAGCAGCUUAUGGGUUCACGCAGCGCGUUACAAGCGCUCCGCGAAGCGGCGUCGUCUGUCUUUGGGACCAUUUCCCCAAUUGGCCUCAAAAAGCUACUUGAGGUUCAAGACGGCUCGCUCCCAGGGCAAGGAAAUCGAAUUCAGCCACGCCAAGUUCCUUCAAGAGACCCAAACUCAGAGCCAAUCAAGCCGAGUAACCUCUAUCAAAUACCUUGCCCUCACCUGGAGGUGCGUCGAGCCGAUGUGAAAAUGUCACUACUGCCUACUGCCGUGACAUUUUGGGAGAAUUUAGGACUUGCGCCCUCCUCCGGAAGCAAAGACAUACAUGCGGUGUGUGUGUGCCCAAAAUGGACCGGCAUGGUUGAUAACGCGCAGACAUUCCUGGGACGACUCAAGAGUGCGUAUGAGACAUUGAAGCUGGGCACUUUUGAGAACAUGCCGCUCCCUACAGAUAUGGACGACGGCGUGCUUCUCUAUGGAGUUGACCAAAUUUCAACUGCUCGAGAUGCUACGAUGAUGGGUCACGGCUCUGCGUUGCUGGAGAGCAUGGAGACGCUUUCCAGUGCGAUGUCAGAUUUGGAAGUUGUUGACACGAACGUGGUGGUUUACUUCAUGUACUCGGCCAGUGAUCCUGGAACAAUUGUCGAGGCGUGCGUGGCUUUUCAGAGGUUUUUUGAGUCAUACAGAAGACGCCUCUCAGCGAAGCGGGAAUCGGCCAAGAAUGAGGUUGUUCUCCAGCUUGUCUCGGCAGACUCAGUAUCCAGCUCCACACGCAUGGUUGUCACAGCUUCAUCGGAGCUGAUGAAGCUUUGCAUGGAGACUUACGACCGUUGUACACUUUUUGGUGGCAGUAUGCCCGCUCCGGCGAUUCGACUUGAGCAGCCACUCCCGCGCAUCAUUGACUUCAAAUUGUCUCCGGCGCCAUCAUCGUCUCUAGCGCGAGAGAAUUCAUGCAUUCAUAUCGCAUACGCACGGAGCAUAGACGGUCGCUGGGUUACGGCAGCGUGGACCGAUGAUAGAGGGAACGAGCAAACUACAGCGGCCUACUGCCUUGGCCGCAAAGGCGAAGCCGAGUCUCGGACUAUGAACGACGUUGCAAAUGCAAUCUGGGAAACAACUAUUGAGCUUAUAUCGACGUGGAAAGUCCACUAUCGCAUCAUCAUGACCAAGUGCGGGCCGACAGACGAGGGCGAGAUUGACUUUUGGAUUGACCUUGCACGGACCGAAAUCAACGCCAGCGUUACCAUGAUUGUUAUGACUGUCGACACGAAUCCAUCGUUGCAGCUUGUGCCUGCCCCCGUCAAGAUGCCACUGCAGCCACUCUCGAUGUACACGACACCGGUGUCUACGCCGCAGGCCAGCAUUGUGUCGCCCGAGGCCAGCGCAACGCCCGCAACACCCGCUAAAGAUGCUGCGGCGGCCGCUGCAACGCCUGGGGGUGAGAGCACGGGAGAUGCGGACGUUGACUCUGUGCUGGCAGACGUGAUGGACCAGACCUGGGGCGCUAUUGUUCAUCACCGGUUGAACAACGCGGUGGGCACGGCAAGCAUCCAGCCAGCACUCAUCAGCGGCUACCUGAUCAAACGAAGCGGCCCGAAGGCAGAAGACGUGCCGUCGAUGAUGGAGGUCAAUCUAGUGUACACGGAAGCGACGGCCCGCACAUACGAACCGCUGCUGCGCGAGAUGCUCAGCUAUUUUAGGGGCCUUGGCACUCUAGCAAGGGCCCGAGGAGUAGUCGAUCGGCAGGCGGAUGUUCGGCCUUGGCACGUUGCUGCCGCAGAAAAGGCUCUACGUGCGCUCUACAUUUUGAUGUGA